AUUGGGCUUCCAACCUGAUGAGAAGAGAUCAGCACAAUGGAUGUCUUACCCCCUGUGUCUUCCAAUCCCCUGGCAAAUGACCCAACUCCAAACAUGCACAUAUCCCUGCCAGGGGAUGCAGAAAAUGGAGAUGAUGCACAGAAUGUGGUAGAGGAAGAGAGAGAGGAGAGGGGAGGCUCCGGAUUCCAACUUGGAGACAUCCUGUUGUCUGGGAGGAGCCAGAGUGGAGCAGGAGGAGAAGGGGAUGGAGUGGCGGUGCUGUCUGACUGGCAUGCAUUCCGAGGGAGGGGUAUUGAGAGCGAUAGUACCAUGGAGUUUAACAGACAAGUGGAUCAUUUCAAUAUCUGGCUGGACAAGUGGAACCACAACCAGCGGUGUCAGAUACUAGAAGGCAUCUUACAGCGCAGCAAUUACACCCAAUAUAACUUCUUAUGGACCACCCUACAACCAGCCCUUCACAGGGACUUCAUGUACACAGCCAGACAACAUUACCCUGAGUAUGACUUUGAGCCUAUUAGCAGUCAUACAAGCAGGGAGACCAGGGCUAAGAGAGCAGUCAGGAACUAUUACCACGCUCACAGUGCACAUUUACAAAGGAAGACUGAUGUGAAGAGAUUAAACACCCAGCACAUCCUUCCUGUUAUCAAGUCUGCGCCUUCGGAAGUUCCUAAGGAAGUUUCAUUUAAGUCUGGCUGGGACAGACUUAGACCAACCAACAGCAUGCCUCUAGUCAAGCUGCCCACGGUCACUCAUUCUAAAACCUUUGACCACCCUCUAAGUAAAUCAGCACCAAAUUCCCCAAUGAGGGAUGAUCAACCAAUCAGGAGACAUAUGCAGGACCAUGACGGCCAUUCCAUUCCAAAGAAAAGGGUAACAAGAAACGAGCGGAAACGGAGGGGCUAUAAUCCUGUUGAUGACAAGAAUGUUCCAUUGUUGACCAAAGCAUUGACCGAUGUCCAGUUGACUUGGAACAGGCCGACCAUGUCUGGUAAAGGGGUUGAUAGGUUACCUCCCAUUGAACCCGUCCCUUUGGAAUCCUGGCAACUCUUUCAUUGGUAUCAAGAAUGCUGGAAUGACGUCCAGAGGAAUGAGUUCCUUCACAAACUCUUGAAGAAGUUGGAUCAGCGUCAGUUGUAUUUCUUAUCUACUCACUCUGCACUGAAACAAUCACGAGAUUUUAUCUCGCUGCUCCCUUUACCGCUGGCGCUAAGGAUCCUGGGAUACCUGACACCAAGAUGGCUGCUAGUGGCUGCCCAGGUCUGUAAGACGUGGAACCGUCGGGCCAGUCAUGAUCAAAUAUGGAAGGAGAAGUGUUCUAAGGUUGCCAUAGAAAUUCCACUGCCAGAGACACCAUUCCAGUGGAAGAAGAUCUACAGGGAUAAUGUAUUUCUAAGAUGGAACUGGGAUGAAGGCAAAACCAAAUCUGUAGAUGUCAGAGGUCAUUCUUCAAAAGUACAUUGUGUGACGUUUGAUGGAGAGCAUCGUAUUGCCAGUGGGAGUGCGGAUAAGACUGUCAAGCUUUGGGAUAUCAGAACCGGUGCUUGCAUCCAAACACUCAAAGGACAUCAGAAAGGAGUAUGGUGUCUUAGAUUCUUCACUGAGCAUCUUCUCAUCAGUGCAUCCUACGAUGCAACCAUUAAAGUCUGGAAUCUCAGGAAGGGGGCAUGUGCUCGCACCCUUCUAGGUCACGAAGGAGCGGUCUGGGCGAUGGCUUUGAAGAAGAAUUACCUAGCAACCGCAUCACAGGAUAGAACGGUAAAACUAUGGGACCUUAGCACCUGCGUGCUGAAACACACCAUGAUGGGUCAUGGGCAAGCAGUGUUCUGUGUUGAUAUGGAUGAAGAAUGUACUAUGGUGAUAUCAGGAUCAGCUGAUAAGAGUGUAAGAAUCUGGAGCGUUGAGACAGGCCGUCACACGAGGGUGAUCCGAAUCAGCCAGACGACAUCUGUUAUGGCUCUCAGCUAUCAUGACGGAUACUUUGCCUGCUCGGUAGGAGAGGUUGUAUCUCUAUGGCGGCUGGAUACUGCCACAUGUAUUAAGACGUUUGAGGAACACGAGAAAAGAGUUGAGACUCUAAAUCUCCAAAUCAGUAAGACCACCUACCCUGAUACACCUCAAGGUUUACUGGUCAGUGCUGGUCAAGAUGGGAUGGUCAAGUACUGGGAUCUAGAAAAGGAUAGUAGCUGGCACUCGAUGAAGUCUAGGAAAGGAAGCCACAUCAGCAACAUCUUCUGUGAUAAGACCAAGAUCAUUGCAGCAUGCUCCGACUACAGGAUCAGAAUAUGGAACUUCCACAGCAGAUAGGUCAAAGGUCGUGAGUGUAAAAGUUCUUUAACACCGAACCUGGAGUCAGCCACUGGCCCGUAUUCUGAAGUCUAGUUCAAUUUAGACCAUUAAAGUCUAGCUCUGUGCUAAAAUUAUGGGAAGCCAAAAGUGGACAAAAUUGUACACUUCGAAUAUUCAUUGUGUUUUGUUUCCUUAUCUUAUUUAUAAUUCCGAAACUGUUAUGAUUAAUGUUCAUGUUUGAGAUUUCUAACUCGAUUGGCUUUCCAUAGUUAAACCACAUUACUUUAGACCAGAGUUUAGAUUAAACCUGAGUUCAGAAUACGGGUCCUGUGUCCACAACCAUAUCAAAUCACCUGAAGUGUGAUCCCCAUGGUUCUGUGUCAGUUACUGUUCUGGCUACCAAGGCAUUUUGUAUUUGCUUUGUCUACCAGCAGAUUGUCUAAUUCCCAGAUCAUGUGUUAUACCAUCUACAUGUCUUGGUCUACUGUAAAUUUGGUAUGAUAACAAGUUGGUCCAGCUAUUAAUUGGUGUAAUAUUUACUUGAUCUAACUGUCAUAUACUCUGAUGCCUAGAUGGUAUAAUUUUCACUCCAUACCCAGGUGAGGUGAAUGGGCACCCUGCAGGAGUAUUUCCUUACAUGCACUGAGAGCCGAUGAUGGUAGCUUGUGCUAAAGUCGGGGUAUUAUUAGCAGCGCUUUGUAUCCUCUGGCAAAAAGGGCUUUAUAAAUCCGGCUAUUAUUAUCAUUAUUUUGCAAUUUGUCGAAUGAAUAUUUGGUUCAUAAACAGUUUAAUUAAUCAUAUAGAUGAAGUGUUGUUAGACCGAGUGGAUAUUAGACUGAAUAAGUAUUAGCCUAACCGAAAAUUAGACAAAAUGGUAAGCAGACGAACUAGUCAUUACGUCAAACAUCCCUUUGAAACAAUACCGCAGUUCGGAUUGCGAACUGCGGUGCUGUACCCCAUUUUUCAUUUGGAUCUCCUAAAACUCAUUUUCAAGCCCUUAUCAACCGCGCUUGGCCAAGUAAUCCAGGGGUAAUCCCUACUGUCUCAAUUUCACCCCCACAGGCCAGUACAUGAGCGUUGAGCAAAGGACGAAAAGAUAAACAACAGCUGCGCUAUUACGUAAGACUUCUCUGCCUGUAGUAGGACCUUCGGAAUGAAAUUA